GGGGAGCUGGGGUCGGCCUCUUCUCACAGAUUUUCUAUUUUGUACAUACAUUGUUUUGUAUAUACUGUAUAUGAUGACUUCGGUGGGCAGUGAACGUACCCGGGGCACUCGGGACAAAACGCAAAUUUCAACCACACAGCCAAUACAACAACAGAAACAAGUAGUACAGGCAACAGCAGAACAGAUUCGCCUUGCUCAGAUGAUCUACGAUAAGAACGACGCAGAUUUUGAAGAUAAAGUGAAACAACUUAUGGAAGUGACGGGGAAAAACCAGGAUGAGUGCAUAGUGGCAUUACAUGACUGUAAUGGGGAUGUGAACAGAGCUAUCAACAUACUGCUGGAAGGAAGUUCAGACACGACUUCUUGGGAGACUGUAGGGGGAAAGAAGAAAAGCGUUGGAAAAGAAAGUUCAGAAAACAAAGAGAACAGAGAAAAACGAGGGGACAGAGAAGUGAGUCGCGGACGGGGAAGUUCCAACAGACGGGGAAGAGGAGGCAGCCGUGGCCGAGAGUUUAGAGCUGAAGAGAAUGGAGUGGACAACAAUCAAGGAGACAGGCCUUCAGACCGUGGAAAACGUGGCCGUGGGAGAGGGUUUGGACGUGGCAGAGGGAGAGGAGCGGGGAGGUUUUCAGCCCAAGGCAUGGGGACAUUUAACCCUGCAGACUAUACGGAGUCUUCUGCCACUGAUGGCUUUGGGACAAAAUCAGAGAUUUGGGAGACUGGUCAGAAUGAUGCAGAUGAUGGAACUGAGCCAACCCAGAGUGGAUGUUACCUUGCUCAAGACCUGCCAAAUAAUUUUGGAUUCCGAGGAGCCUGGAAAAAUUCAAUAGAAGAAUGGACAGCAGAAGACUGGAACGAAGAUCUUUCUGAAACAAAAGUCUUUACUGCUUCCUCUGUUCCAGCUGAGAAUCAUGUGACUCCUGGGCAAAGCAUUGAUUUGGUAACAUUGCUUCAAAAGCCUGUGACUUCCACUCAAGAGACAGAAGGCAACUCGUUUGAGACUCCCCAGCAGCAGACCUUUGGCCAAGCCCUAGUCUUCACAAAUUCUCAGCACAGCACCCAGAUGGCGUCAGGAACUGGCAAUUCCAGUGCUGUAAACUCCUAUUCUCCUCAGAGUCUGGUAAAAUUAUCUUAUUCUUUGAGUGCUCUUCACGAGGAGAUACUUCAGGUUAAGCAGCUUUUCCAGUACUGGUCAUUUCAUGAGAUGUUUCAGUAUUAGUAAAAUUCUGUCCCA